GUGAAAUGAUUUGCAUAGAACUCAAUGGCUUAUUUACGCUAUACUAUAUGAAAAUACGGUAAAAUUUACUUUAUUUAAUACCUUAUUGCAUAACCGCCGUUCAUGCUACAGACUAACGGUGAAAUGUGUACGGUACGCAUCUACGCGUAAAAGAGGCGUAAGAUUAUUAUAGACGUUUACCUUAUCAAUAAGUUAAAGCAUGUAAACUUGAACAUGUUCAGAAAAAUUGUGGUUGGAAUAUCUGGAGGUGUGGAUAGCGCCGUUACGGCAUAUUUAUUAAAAAACAAAGGCUAUGAUAUUCACGGAGCAUUCAUGAAGAACUGGGAUCUAAUAGACGAAUCCGGCUACUGCUCCGGCGAACAGGAUUGGCUGGACGCUCAAAAGCUUUGCCGUCAACUGGACAUCCCCUUACAACAGGUAAACUUCGUCAAAGAAUACUGGCUUGGAGUGUUUGGGAGCUUCUUGGCGGACUACAACACCGGCAUCACACCCAAUCCGGACAUUCUGUGCAACAGGCACAUAAAAUUCAACCUGUUUUUCAAAUAUGCUCGUGAAAAGAUGGGGGCGGAUGCGAUAGCCACCGGUCACUAUGCUAAAACUAAUUUCGGGCCAUACCUCGAAAACUACAAUGAUGCAUCCCAUGUUCAUUUACUAACCGGCGUCGAUGAAAUCAAAGAUCAAACGUUUUUCCUUUCGCAAAUCAGUUUGGAUGCAUUGCGUUACACCAUGUUCCCAAUCGGUGGUAUGACGAAGACAGCGGUCAAGCGCCUAGCAGCUGACGUGGGAUUGGGUUGGUUUGCCAAAAAGAAGGAAAGCAUGGGGAUCUGUUUCGUCGGUAAGCGAAGCUUCCAGGACUUCAUAGCGGAGUAUAUUGAAUCAAAACCGGGCGACUUUGUAGAUUUCAAUACGGGUAAAGUAGUUGGUAGACACAAAGGCAUCCACCACUGGACUGUCGGUCAAAAAGCAAAAAUCGGGGGUUGUUUGAGGCCUUACUAUAUUUUCCAAAAGGACGUACGCAAUAACAUUAUUUAUUUGGCGUCAGGAAUAGACAACCCGCUUCUUAUAACCGAUAUGAUAUACCUGGAAAACCCCGUAUGGAUUAAUAAGCCGAUAGAGCUAGAUCAUGAUAUUUGGAGGUGUCAGUUUAGGUUUCAACACACAAAACCAUUGGUUCCUUGUAGCAUUAUCACAACUGACGGUCGAGGAGAAAAACUUUUCGUUGAGUUGGACGUACCGCUCACGGCAAUCACCCCCGGUCAGUACGCUGUAUUUUACAAAGACGAUGAAUGUUUUGGAAGUGCAAGAAUAGUUAAACCAGGACCAUCAAUGAUUUACAGCCAGAGUUAGCGAAAAGGUUAUUCACCUCAAGAUUGUAAAUAAACGUAUUACAAUUUGUUGUUGUGUUUGGUUUGUUUAAAUGCUUUAAUCAUAACGGUAAUUCGCAUGAAUAAUUUGAGAUAGGGUAAACAGAGAAUCUAGCAAAUCAUAAGUAAGAUCUGUCACAUAAAAUUGUGAUCCGUUUAUCAUAUAUAUCUUAAAUAUAUAUUCGUAUAUCAUAUAAGUGAACCGAAAAAUCACUUAAAAUUUAUCUGAAAACAAUUAUUUUCCAUGCAGCUUUUCACGUAACUUCUAUAUGCAAAUCACAAACUUUCGAGACAUGGUUUUGAUUACAUUCAUUGGAACAAUCACAUACAUUUUAUAUG